AUGCUAAAGUUCAGAACGCCCCACGGGAUAGGGACUAUCCAGGGAGACCAUGUCUCGAGGCGGAAUUGCUAUGUCACGGCCAUGAGGCUGAAAACCACUCUAAGCGAUACCCUCGUUACCAGUGCCAGUCACCCAAUAGCCUGGUUUUGCCCUUCUUCAAGUGAUUACCAGCCGCACAUCUGCAUUCAGCCUUUCACAAUCACUACCGGCAUAGCCCAGCAAAACACACCCUAUGCCCUCCUUGAGAAAGAUAGCUCAGUUGAUAUUUUUUCUCCCCAGCGAUCUCUCACCUCGGCCUAG